CUGUCAGUGAACUCACUCACACACACACACACUGAGUACAGAGAACACACCAGUGGAUCAGCAUGUGUGCUGCUGCUGCUGCUGAUGUGGACACAAACGCCUCAUGGCUGAUUUAAGGACCUUCUCUUUUUAAAAAAUGCAAACCUCCUGCUCAUAUGAGACACAUGGAUUAUUAUGGAUGUGAUAUGGAGAUGCUGUAAAGUCCUGCUGCUGCUGCUGCUGUUGUGUGUCUUGGUGGAAGCAGACGUGAAUGAAGACACGUCCUGUGAUGGAGCGUUUGAUGUUUACUUUGUGUUGGACAGGUCAGGCAGUGUGUCGGGACACUGGCACGAGAUCUAUGGCUUUGCGGAGCAGCUCACCAACAAGUUUGUCAGUCCCAGGAUGAGAGUGUCCUACAUUGUCUUUUCAGCCAGAGCAGUUGUAAUUCUGCCUCUGACAGGAGACAGGUCGAAAAUAGAUGAAGGUUUGAAGAAGCUGAGCCAAAUCAAACCUGCUGGUGAAACGUACAUGCACGAGGGCAUGCAGGCGGUGUCGGAGCAGAUGAAGGCUCAAACCACACCCUCAUCUACCAUCAUCAUCAUUCUGACUGAUGGAAAGCUGGAGGUCUACCCCUAUGAACUAAGUGUCCGGGAGGCGGACACAGCCAGAGGCUUUGGAGCCAGAGUGUACUGUGUCGGGGUCAUGGACUUUGACCACAAACAGCUUGCUGAAAUAGCAGACAGCACAGAUCAAGUCUUCCCGGUUUUGUCGGGAUUUCAUGCCCUCAAAGACAUCGUCAACUCGAUCCUGAAGCAGUCAUGCACUGAUGUGUUCACCAUAGAGCCAUCAAGUGUUUGUGUGAACGAGUCGUUCAACGUGGUGCUGAGAGGCAGCAGCUUCAGUGGAUCCAGGAGGACAGACAACAUACUCUGUCUCCUCACCGUCAAUCAACAGACUCACAAGCAGAAGCCGACAGUAGUUAAAGACGGGUAUCUGCUGUGUCCCGCUCCCACUCUGCACGAGGUCGGAGAGUCAGUUGAGGUGCUGGUGAGUCUGAACAACGGACAAUCUUUCAUCUCCACUCCCAUCACCAUCCACGCCACAACAUGUUCUGACGGGACCUGGGUCCUCUGGUUGCUCUUGGCUCUGUUGCUGUUGCUGGCUCUUGUUUUACUGUGGUGGUUCUGGCCCCUUUGCUGCACAGUGGUGAUCAGAGACCCACCACCAUCUCGACCUCCUCCUCCUCCACCUCCUGUCGUCGAGCUGGAGGAGGAUCUCACACCCAAACACAGGUGGCCCACAGUGGACGCUUCAUACUACGGAGGCAGAGGACCCGGAGGAAUCAAACGCAUGGAGGUUCGCUGGGGGCAGAAAGGCUCCACAGAGGAGGGGUCACGACUGACGAAAGCCAAAAACGCUGUGGUCACUGUGCCAGAGGAUGUGGAGGAGCCCAUCAUACCCCGACCCCCGCCGAGACCUCCUCCAGUCUACAGCCCUCAACCACAGUCCAAAUGGUACACUCCCAUCAAGGGGCGUUUUGAUGCGUUGUUGGCUUUACUGAGACGACAGUACGACAGAGUGGCAAUCAUGAGGCCGACACACCAGGAUAAGGGCCGCUGCAUUAACUUCACUCGAGUUCAAAGUCACUGAUGUUCUAACACGAGGAUGGACACUUUUCAUUUUAUUCCUGUAUUUUUAGACACAAGAUGACUGACGUGUACACACACACACAGAUCAAUGUUGGAAUGUAUAUUGUAAAUAAAUGUCUUUUUUCUUUU